AUGUGGGACUGUCACACCGGCUCUGGUUACUCGGGAAUUCUGCUGCCGCCUGCCUGGGACGUGCUGAAGAUCCUGCUGCACACUUGCGCCCAGGGCUCCCCCCAGUUCAUCCUGCAGCUGAAGAGGAACGCCUGCUUCAUCCGGGAGGCAGCAGUGUUCUCUGGGCCCCCAGACCCCCUCCACGGCAACAGUUUGAACCAGAAGGUCCGGGUGGCCGCACAGGACUUGGCCAGCGUUCUCUUUUCAGAUGCGCCGCUUCCCCAGCCUGCCGCGCUGCCUGCCCGUCCCCUGCCUCCCACGGGCAUGGGCUCCAGCCCCAGCCCCUGUGGCUCCUUGCAAGGAUUUGGCUUCAGUCGUGAGAAAAGCACUUCGACGGGGGAAGCCCUGCUCAGCACCAUCCAGCGAGCGGCCGAAGCGGUGGCCCAUGCUGCUCUCCCCUCCCCGGAGGGGUCCCGGCCUCACCGCAGGGAGCUCCAUGAGGACGCCUACCAGCCCGUGAGAGCCCCCUCUCCCACCAGGAGCCCGGCCGGGGCUGUGAAGCCACCAGCGGCCACCACAGCGCACAGCACACGAGUGAGCCACCAGCCGGGGCUGGCUGGGGGCGGCUGGGAGGAGGCGGACAGCGGGCACAGCUCCCAGGACUCCUCACAGGGGAACGGCGAGUUGAGCCGCCCCUCGGACUCCUGCAGCAAAUCGGGCAGCGACAGCCACUCCGGGGCCAGCCGGGAGCUGACCCACAUGGCCGAGAGGGUGGAUGCAGACAGCCUGGGUGACUGUGUGCGAGAGGUGAGCCUGGUGUCAGCACUGACUCACGGCGCCAGGGUCUUCCUUACCAGGGAGGAAGCACAGCACUUCGUCAAGGAGUGCGGGCUGCUGAACUGCGAGGUGGUGCUGGAGCUGCUCAGCCGCGCGCUGGAGGACCCCAGUGACAGCGUCCGCAUGAGAUCCAUGUGUGCCAUCUCCUCCCUCAUGUGCUCUGACCUGCUCUCCCUGGACCAGAUCUUUGCCGUGACUCGGCAGCACCUGCAGCAGCUCAGCCAAGGCAGCCCCGGCCCCAUCGCCAACCGAGCAACAAAGAUCCUGCGGCAGUUCGAGGCUCUCUGCAGAGGCCAGCCCUCCCCGAAGAGCGCACGCCCGCACUCGGACCCCUCUGCCCUCACUGUGGGCUCAGCCCCGUGCACCGGGGACCUGCUGACAGACAUCCCACCCCUGGCAGGCGACAGCAUCCUCACCCCGCUGAGCGCAGCCCAGCUCCCCAUGGCCGCGCCGGCCCGCAGCGAGGAGCCAGGGGUGGAAGCGGAGACCCACGGGCAGCCUGAUGCCGUGAUGCCAGCCUGUCCCUGCGAGCAGGAGGCAGCAAGCACAGCAAGGAGUCGGGCGGGGGCCACGGUGCCAUCCGGCAGCCGGUCCCUCUUUGCCGGCAUGGAGCUGGUGGCACGUCCUGGUGCGGUGCUCUGCCCAGACUCUCUGCCGGGAGGGCUGGAGCUGGGCGAGGAGGGGGCCAAGGCCUCGACUUCGGCGCUGCCCCAUCAGUAG